UAAUUUUUAUCCCAAAUUUGGAGUAAAAUUAAAAUUAAGUUGAAACCCAAUAAUGCUUACAGCUUAAGGAAACACUACGGUAUUCGUCGACUUUGAUAGUUUGUACGCGUCCCAUUCGGCUUUAUAUACAUAGCGGAGCAGUUUCACUUUUGUGCUUUUUCUAUCUAACACAUCUUCCGAUUUUUCUUUGGUAAGUGAUAAUUCAUACAGAUAUUGAAGAUCUGAAUCUAAGUCUAUUGAUGGAUUCUUUCUUCAGCAAAGGUUUCAAAGCUGCUAAAUGUAAAACCCUAUUGAAAUUGACGAUUCCUCGUAUCAAACUACUAAGGAAUCGUAGGGAGAUGCAGCUGAAGCAGAUGAGAAAAGAAAUUGCUAAGCUACUAGAGACUGGUCAGGAAGCUACUGCUCGGAUUCGGGUAGAGCAUAUAAUAAGAGAAGAGAAAAUGAUGGCAGCACAGGAGAUAGUCGAGCUAUUCUGCGAGCUUAUAUCUGUUCGUCUUCCAAUUAUCGAAGCACAAAGGGAAUGCCCUCUAGAUCUGAAAGAAGCUAUUUCAAGUGUAUGUUUUGCUGCACCAAGAUGUGCAGAUCUUCCUGAACUGCUACAGGUUCAGAUGCUGUUCGUCGGUAAAUAUGGGAAAGAAUUCGUCGCUGCUGCUACGGAGCUCAUGCCAGAAUGUGGUGUCAACCGCCAGUUGAUAGAGUUGCUAUCUAUUCGAGCACCUGCUUCUGAUGUGAAAUUGAAGCUGCUGAAGGAAAUUGCAGAGGAAAAUGAGCUAGAUUGGGAUCCAAGUGCUUCUGAGAAUGAGCUGUUGAAGUCACAUGACGACUUACUGAAUGGCCCCAUACAAUUCGUUAGUGGGGCUAAGGUCCCUCUUCCCAAGGAAAGGUUUGAUGAUUUGCAGCAACCUGCUUCAGAACAAGUCUCUGAUAAACAAACAGAGUCUGAGUCUGACUUUGACUCGUUAGAUUUUCCAGAAGUCCCUAAGCAGCCACUACGACCUAGCACCGGUGGAGUUUCAGCCCCUGAAAUGCUUCCUUUCCCGGCCUCCGUACUAUCUGACUCGGAUGAGGAGAUAGCUAAGCCUUCUGAAGAUGCCGAGAUCAAAUCUCACAAGCAAAAUGUGGAGCGAGAUGAAGUCUUGCAAGAGAAGGUAGUUUCAAAAGAUUUAGGAUCACCUGAAACUUUAUCUGCACCUGAAGAGGAGAAACAGUUUUUGCCAUUCAUGGUUCCCCCGCCAAAAUCAUCUCCAUUCUCAUCAACACAAAGUACCACAACCAAAAGUACUCAACCUUCCUCUACUACAAAGACCAAAUUUGAGACUGACAUAGAUUUGCAGGAUGUAUUGGCUGCUGCCCAGGCAGCUGCUGAAUCAGCUGAACGUGCAGCUGCUGCUGCUCGCUCAGCAGCUAGCCUUGCUCAGUUUAGAAUCAGUGAGCUUACCAGGAAAAGGAGUGAAGAGGUGCCUGGAAGCCCCAGCGAGAACCCCUUUUAUGCUGAGAAACAGGAACAGGAGUCUCAUAUCCUAGAAAAGGCUUCUUUUGACCUCCAACAUCAAUUGUCAAACUCUGAUGGUAUCCCCAGCCCACUUCAUGGCAGCCCAUCGGAGCAUCAGGUGUCAAAUAUUCCUUCAUAUGAUGAUGCAACAGUAGGUUUUGCGUCCUCCAUGUCCACUAAUCAUCAUCCAGCUCAGGGCACCGCUCUUCACCAACCACAGAGAUUGCCUUCCCUGGACGAUGAAACAUAUUAUUCAUAUCCUAACUUGUUUACGGCAAAUGGCUCUAAUCCCAGUUCUCGUUCACAGUCAUUCAAAGAUAAUAUUAGGCCCGGCCAUGACAAGUAAAGUGGAUUUCUCUACCCCUUCUGCUGGCUCUGGUUUGUUUGCUGGUUGUGAGUUUUCAAGAUUCUUUACCCCCUUUUGCAUGUAGUACAUUCAAAGAAUCCUUGUAUAUUAAAGAGUAUGCAGUUCAAGAAUUUGCAUGUAAGAAAUUCACUUCGGAGUAAAAAAUAACGAGUUACAUGAUCAAUGUAUUACUGAGCCUUCUUGUACUCUGAUAUUCAAGCGUCAGUGACCAGGGCAGAUUUAGGGGGGCAGAAGGGUGUUCACCCGAACAUCCCUUUGCCGGAAAAUUACUUUGUAUAUAUAAGGCAAAAUUUAGUUUGUACCUCUAUAUAUUAUAUUUUGAAUCCCUUGACACAACCCAAAAGCAUAGCUCAAUCGUCAAGGGGUUCAAAAUCUUUGUUGGGUUGCUA